AUGGAUCCAGCAGACUCACUGAGGAAGCGCAGCUCAGCCUUUGACGGGACCCGGCUAGCGCUUGGAGGGCCUCCGUGCUGCCGUUCCUCACUAGCUGCUUACCCUUCGGUCCACUCACCUGCUUCUUCCCCCCGGAUGCCCCGGUCUCACAGAAAACGCUCCCGCCGGUCCCAGGAGGAUUACUAUGAGACUGCGAGCAGCCAGCUUACACCAGCUCAAGCUUUCUACAAGAUGUUAGGGAUCAUUAUUGUGCCACCUGACUCACCCAGCGUUUCCACAUCACAGCAGGAGCAGCCACAGCCGAGUCAUUCUGCCAGCGCUGCUCCCUCUUCUACUUGGAAGCGGCGAACGUGCCGCCAGCACUCACGGCUCCAGCAGGAGCCUGGGACUCUUUUCGAACAACCGCCUAGGAUGUUUAAAUAUUUAUAUUUCAUGAUUAUUUUGUCUCUGUAUGUGUUUACAGUAGGUUCCAAUGUCCUGCUGAUUGUGGUUAUCUGUGUGAACAGAAGCUUACAUGAACCUAUGUACAUGUUUCUGUGCAGCCUGUUUGUGAAUGAGCUGUAUGGUAGUACAGGGCUGUUUCCGCUCCUCCUGCUUCAGAUCCUCUCUGAUGUUCACACUGUUUCUGCUCCUCUCUGCUUCCUGCAGGUUUUCUCUAUUUACUUAUAUGCAAGUGUAGAGUUUAGUAACUUAGCUGCCAUGUCUUAUGACAGAUACAUGUCCAUCUGUUAUCCUCUUCAAUAUCACACACUAAUGAUGUCUAAUAAAGUUGCCCUUCUGAUAGCUGUGACCUGGAUACCCCCUUUACUUGCCGUUUGUGUCACAACAUGUCUGAGUGCUUCAUUGCAGCUCUGUGGAAAUGUCAUUAACAAAGUGUACUGCAACAAUCACUCCAUUAUCAAGCUGGGAUGUCAUGGCACCACAGUUAAUAAUCUCUAUGAGCUCACUGCUGCCUCUGUCACAGUGUGUGUCCCAGUAUCUGUAAUCCUGUACACCUACACAAGGAUCCUGAAAAUCUGUUUUUCUGGAUCCAAACAGACCCGACAGAAAGCCGUCAGCACCUGCACGCCUCACCUCGCUUCUCUGCUCAACUUUUCUUUUGGGGUUUCCUUUGAAAUACUACAGAGCAGGUUUGAUAUGAGCCAUGUUCCAAACAUGUUACGGAUAUUUUUAUCAGUGUACUUUCUUACAUGUCAGCCCCUCUUCAAUCCUGUCAUGUACGGCUUGAACAUGUCCAAAAUACGGACCAUAUGUAAAAAUCUGCUCUUAGGUUAUGUUGGGAAGAGCAGGAUAUUAAUCAAAAUUGUUCAGAUUGAGAAAUAA